CCCCUUUACAGCGAAGGAAAAGCGCAGUUACAGCAGACACGUGGACGUGAGUAAGAGCUGUUUAUAGUUGAAACUGCGCUGUUUUGACGCUUUUAGAUGUAGUUGUAUUUGUAUUGUUAGACCCGUUUAAUUUAGAAUCGAGUGUCAUCUAAACGAGACCAAGCCACCGAUACCGGUCUCCGUCGGCUGUCUGGGUUUGGGUCAGUCGUUUAACUAGUAACGCUAUUUCAGACGUCCAUUUGGUUGAGCUCUCAUCAGAAAGUCUACAGUAAAAAUGGCCAAAAAUAAACAAAAAGGCAAAAAGCAGCAGAAUGUAUUUCAGGUUGCGAACAAGCAGUCGAAACCCAAGACCAAGGCGAAACCCGUCAAGACCUCCCUGAAGCACAUAAACACUUUGAGAAAUGAAAAAGUGGAGAGCUUGAAUCAGAUGUUCACAGAAGUACAGCGAGAUGUCAAGAGUAUAUCAAAAUCAACAUGUGAACCCAAAAAAGCACAGAAGGUGGUCAGAGAAGCUCCACGUGAAGCUGUCAAUGUGGAUAAUGCUGCCCAGCUUCUCUCUCAACUCUAGAAGAGCAUUUUAACCUGCUGGAAAUGGACUAAUCACAUAUACUUCUUGUCAAAAAAACCCAAAACAGUUAAUAAUAACUGCAGAUCAGCAAUAUUAUUUAUUACAUUAAUACAUUUGUGUGCAGAACCGCAUGAUUUCUAUCCCCUUUGUAGAACUGGUUUUGUAUAUGCACUCUGCAACACUGUAUGCUAAUCAAACUACCAAGCUUAAUGUCCAAAAAAUCCAUUAGUAAGUUUUCCUAGAUUUGAAUAUUGUCUAUGCUUGCUGAAGCAAAAAGAACAAAGUCAUUAAAGACUGAAUUCUAUCAGA